AUGGAUAAAUACUUGUUUUAUUUUUCUUGUAUCUAUUUAUUCUUAAACAUAUUAAUAUGUAAAAAUUUAGAAAAUAAAAACCUCAUAGUUAUUCCUCGAUACAAAAAUUUAGGAAAAAAUUUAAAUAAACAAAUAAAAAGUAAUUAUAAUUUAAACUUAAGUAAGGAAUCUAGUUAUAAAGAAUAUUCUUUGUUAUCUUUAAAGAAUAGUUCUAUAUUUAAUCAGUACUAUGUUGCUAGGCUAAUUAAUACAUUUUUAUAUAGAGGAUUUAAGACAUUUGGAAAUUUUCAUCGUAAUGUAGCUAUAUAUGAAUCUCUUACUAGAACUAAUUACUUUUUUUAUUUAACUGUGUUGAAUAAAAAAAAUGUAAAAAGCAUUAUUAAGUUAUUGGAUAAAUCUUCCAAGUCAAAGAGGAAAUAUGAAGUAUUUAAAAAGCAUUUAACUUCAAAAUUUGAUUGGCCUACUUUCAAUAUAAGUGAUGAUAUUAAAAAUGAAAUGGAUCAAGCAAUUUUAAUAUAUAAAAAGGCAAAAACUGAUUCUUAUUGGAGUCUUGUUGAUGCAUUAAAAGGUGAUGGGAUGUUAUUAACUAAAACAUUUUUCGUAGUAUCUUUUGUUCAAAGUAUUAGAGGAAUGAUUGGGGUUAUAAGUCAUGAGUUAUUAGAUGUAUGUUUUGCCAAUGCUGCUGUACUUAAUCAUAUAGCAUCUUUUGAUAGACUUCUCAUGAAUAAUACUUUUGGAGUAAUAGUGGGAUAUGUUUUUAAAUCGUUUUUGCUCUUUUUUUAUCCGUUAAUGAUACCAUUUCGAGGAGCUUUUGCUUUUGUAAUAUCAGCGUUUUGUGUAACACAAUUGAGUAAAAUUAUAUUUGCUAUUUAUAGAAAAUUGAGGCAAUUACAUCGAAUAUCUUAUAGAAAACUUACGAGUGUUAUUUAUAAAUUGAAUCUAGGUAAUAAUAGUGAACUUCAUAAAUAUUCUACGAGAUUAUUAUAUGGAGAUGCCUUAAUUAUGAUUGCAAAAAUUUGGAAAUUAUCUUAUAUAAAUAUAAAUGAGCACUUAUCUGGAAAAAAUAUAUACGCUACUUUAAAUAAUUUAUUUGAAAAAAAUCUUGGUACAGGGUUUUUUGAUUUUAGUCAAUCACUAUAUAAAUAUGUUAUGGAAGCUUUAGAAGAUUUAAAAAUCAUAGAUAGUAAAGAUAGUGAUAUAUCUACAGAUUUUGAUUAUAAAAAUAAUACAUUUAAAACAACUCUGUUACUUCUUAAAAUUACUAGAAAAUCCUUAUAUUAUGAGGAACCUUACUUGAGAUUAGCUGUUGCAAGUUUGCUAACAAAAUUUUAUACCAUGAUUUUAGUUAAUAUAGAUCAUAUUAGCAGGAUGAAUCCUAAAGAAUAUUUUUACGACGAUUUAGAAGCAGAAUUUAGGCAGAUAUAUGGAGAGCAACAAAAUGAAUUAUUUUUACAAAAGCUUGCUUCUGAUAUAAUAAGGAAGCCAUUUAUUAAAAGAAAUGUCCUUAGAAUUAAUAAAGGUAGUAUUGAAUUAGCCUUGGCUAUUAUUAAGAUAAAACUAUUGCAUUUUAAGCCAACGUUAAAUAGGCCAUAUUCUAGUUUAUACUUUGACAAACAAUUAAAGAAACAAUUAAACAUUGCAAUAAGAUUACUUGUUAGGGGUUCAGUAGGAAUUAUAUCAAGUCUCUCUAAUUAUGGAGAAAAAUACUCUAUUCUUAAAAAAUGCCCUUUCGAAAUAGUUCAAAACUUGAAUAAAAUGUGCGAUUAUUCCACAUAUGAAGUUAAAAAAAUGUUGUUUCCCAUUAAAAUUAUUAUAAAUAUCUUAAUUCCUUUAUUUUUAAAUUAUGACGAUGUACUAAUAGAUAAAAAAAUUAUAAAUGAUAUUGUUCUUUUUUUUAAGGUUAUUAUCGAUAUAAAAGAAAUAUAUUUAUACAAAUAUAUGAAAAAAGUUAUUGAUAUAAUAAAAAAAGAAAAUAAUGAAGAUACUAAAAAUAUAACUUAUGAAAUAGAAAUAGAAAACUUAAUUAUUUCAGAAUCCAAUAAAGUGAUUGAUGAAAUAAAUAGUGAUAAAAGAAAUUCAUUAAUUUUUCAAGAUUAUUCUGUUAAAGAAGGAUCUUUAUAUUUGCAUAACAAAGAUGGAGAGAAAUUUAAAUUUGAAUUUAGAGAGGAUCAUAUAAAAGAUAACUUUUUAAGAUUAAUGAAUCAGUUUGAUUUUGAUAAUCCUUUCAAGUAUCAAGUUCCUCAAAUAAUUUUCGACCCUUCUAAUAAUAACAGUGGUAAUUUAAUAGUAGAUUCAUCAAAUAACACAUUUGAGGGAAAAAUAAGCCCAUGUUACUUGCAUGUUAACGAAGAUGAUGACAAUUUGGUUGUUGAAGCAAUUCAUGGAGUGUUAUGGUCAUCAGGAGUUGAUCAGUUCAAUUCUUAUAUAUUUGCUUCAAUGAUAGGAGCAGUUAAGCAAACUUUUCAUCAAGCUUUAUCAUGGAAAAGGGCUCUUUUAAGUAUGGUUCCUACUGAAUUUUAUGAAGUUCAUAGAAAACUCAUGGAAAGAACAAUUCAAGAAAAAGAUAAAAGUCAAAACUAUUUUAUAAAAAGAAUUAGAAAAUAUAGGUUUCAAUUUAAUAAAGAAUCCUUUUCAUUCAUGUUCAGAACCUUUUUAGAAAAUGCUUUAAACAAAAUAAAUUUUUAUGAUGCAGAGGAAGCCAUAAUUAUUUUAGUAAUGUCAGUUUUAUAUUCUAUUUAUAAAAAUAUUGAAAAAUAUAAAAUUCCCUUAAGUGAAACUUAUAAAUUAUAUCAACAGAAGCUGAUAGAAUCAUAUUAUCAACCCUCUAAAUAUUUACAAAAUUAUGAAUCAUAUACUAUAAACUUAAUAAACAAAAUAAAUCAUGACAAAUCUGAAGAAAAUGAUGAAAAAAGAAAGAAAAUUAAAAAUUUAACUGAAUUAAAAUUGUCACUAGAUGAUGAUAUUGUGAGAAACACAAAAUCCCUACAGUUAGAAAUACAAUCUAGAGAAAAAGAAAGAGAUGAUAUUCUUCGAUAUAUAACAUCUAAUUAUGGGGAAAUACCACACUAUGAAAAUUUUCCUCAUUUACCAUCACAGUGUUUAUUUUUACUUUAUUUUGAAUAUGAAACAUUUAUGCAAAAUAAUAUAUAUGGUAUAGAAGGUGUUAUAAACCUAUUAAGAAAUAGAAACAUUAUUAGAAAUCCUAUAAGAAAUAUUGGCAUUAUACAAAAUAAUAAUACACAAUUUUCAUCUAUUACAUAUACAGAUUUGAUACAAAUACUCUGUUCAACUCAUCUAUUUCUGAAAAAAGAAAAUGUUUCUCUUGAUGACAUGUAUAGAGAUGAAAAUCUUGAUUACGUUAUAAAUCAUCUCUUAAUAAUAAUUUCCCUUUUAAGAAUAGAAAAAAAAACCGACAGAUAUUCAUGGAAGAGAUACUUAACUAUAGAAAAAUUUUUAGAUAAAAGAAGAAAAUUAUAUAAAGCACCUCUUAGGUAUCUAUAUCUCAAACUGUUGAAGGUGCAAAGACUUUUUGUAGGCAUGAGAAGACGAAUAUUGUUAGCAGUAGGAAAACGAAUAAAAGGAAAAAGAUUUAUAAAUAUAUUAAGACCUACAAGAUUUUUUGAAAUUAUGGAAGUUUCUGAAAUGGUUAAUGAAUAUUAUCCGAGUGCAUAUAUUAAAUUUGAAGAUAUUUUAAUUUUUUCAAAUGUUUUUCAUAAAUUUAGAAAUCCUCUUCUAAGAUAUACUAAAAACAAGGAAAGUAUAAGGGAAAUCAUAAAUAAUUAUAAAUUAGCUCCUAAUACGUCAAAAAAUAACGAACACUUACUAUUGAGAAUAUUUGAAAAUUUAAAUUUCAUAAUUAAAAGAAAGUUAAAAAUAGAUUUACAUAAUUUAAAAAUAAAUAAAAAGGACUUAGAAAAAAAUUAUGACGAUAAAAAAGAUUACAUCUUAAAUGAAUUAAGGCUAAAUCAAAGAUUAGAGGAGUAUUUAACUCAGUUAAUUGGAUUUAUAAAACUUUUAACAGACAUGAAUCUUACUAAUCAUUUAUUUUUGAGAAACCUUUAUAAUUUUAUAAAAUUUUAUGUAAUAACAGGAGAUUUAAAUUAUUCAAUAAACGCUUCUUCUAUUUUUUUGUGUAGUAGAAAUUACUUAAAUUUUAUUUUGAAUUCAAUUCAAGAAUUUGAAAACUUCAAAAAAUUUAUGGAAGAGUUAAUAGCAAAACAUGAUUUUAAGAAACAUCAUAUAGAUCCUUAUAAUUUUUAUAUUCAAUGUAGUUCUGGAGAUAAUAUUAAGAAUUAUAAAGUUCUAUUAAAUGAUGAAGCAAAAUUAAGUCAUUACGAAGACAUCACUAAAAGUAAUCUUCCUAAUUUCUACAAAGAUUAUUUAAUUCUUCAUUUAUUUUACGAAAAUCUAGAUAUAGAAAAUAUAGAUUUAAUUUAUGAAGGAAGGGAUAAUACUAAUAAUAGUGGUAUUCCUCCACAGAGAAAUAUGUAUCUUAGUGGUUCUAGAAACUAUUCUCAAAAUAUUUCAUUUGAUGAUAUAGGAGAGUUAAAUGAAUCAAUUCAAAAUUAUUUAUAUUUAGAAAAGUUUUUAGAUGAAACAAAUAUACCAUCUAUUCCAUUCCAAAAUUUUUCAUUGACAAGAAACGGAGAUAAUAUGCUUUUGAGUUUUACAAAUAAUGCUACAACGCCACAUAUUUAUAUGGAAAACAUUUUAGAUCAAUUUACAAUAGUUGGAAAAUCAAUAAUUGGUGAAUAUUAUAAUAAAGUGAAAUGUUCUUUUGUUAAUUAUCCCACUAACUUAUAUUAUUGGAUUGUUUUAAAUCCUGGAAAGCCAAAGAUUGAAACCAUUAGCAAAGUGGGUUUGAUAAAAGAAGAAGAUUUAAAACCUCAGUCAAGCCAAGGGCAAGAAAUUAAAGACGAUGAAGAAUAUAUUUUAAGUAACCUAUUUUCAGAUUCAAAUAAAGUAAAAAUUUCUAAUGAUAUAGAUUCAGAUGCAUCUACAUCUGCAGGAGAAAAUUCGGAAGAGAAUCCCACUAAUUUUGUAAUGUCAGAUGAUUCAACAAAGGAUCUAUCAGAGAAGAUAGAAUCGGAAUCAGAUACAAAAGAAGAUGAGGAAACUUAUCAUAUGAGAAACCUAAAUGCUGUGAUGGAAGCAUUGAAUGAUAUGAAUAACACGGGUAAUUCUACAGACACAUUAAAAGAAGAAAAUAAAAAAUCUCCAAAAGAUCUGCCAUUUACUAAAAAAGGCCCCUUUUCACAUUUAGAAAUAAAACAUAAUAAAAAUAUUCAAAAUGAGCACAAAUUAAAGAAUGUGGAAAAUAAAAGUAUUAUUUUUCUUCAAGCACCAAAAAAUAAAAGUUUGUCAUUUAAUACUAUAAUGCUAAGAAGAAAAAAUAGAAAAAUUGUUAAUAAAAAUUAUGGUUUUUUUAAUAGACCAUAUAAUAUAUAUGUUCCUGAUAAUGGUAUUUUUAGGAAUUUUGAUAGGGUAAUGAAGCUAGUUCAAACCUUAAUUUCAAUGAACAAUUUUUCUGUAAUUAGUACUGAUUCAAUUAUAAAAAAGGGAAUAGAAGAAAUGAGUAAAAAAGUUGAUAAUAAUAUGAUGCAAAGUUUGAAUCCAUUUAUACAUAAAAUGUUAAUAGACCUAAACAAGGAAGUACAAAAAAUAAAAUCAAAUAAUGAAAAAGAAUAUAGAGGUCCCCAAGCCACUAUAAUUGAUUUAUAUAAAGUAAUUGAAAUUCGCCUAUUUAAUCAAUAUUUAAUUUAUCCACCCAUAAAAAGAUUAAAUAAAAACGAGUUGAAUUAUGUUUUAAAUAUUAUAAAUGAAGGUUAUUAUUUCUAUAUAAGGAGAAUAUUAAUGAAAUUAAAUAAAGAUAAUAUUGUAAAAAAUAAAAUAGUGAAUUUCUUUUCAUAUUUGGAAGAAUUUAAAGAUCUACUUGAUGAAGAAGAAAUUGAACAAUUACAUGAUUUGUUCACAAAAUCAUUUACAUGUAGAAACAUAAAAUGCUUUGAUAACCUGUUUAAUAGUUUUAUAAUUGAUCACUACAAUCGCCGUGUCACAAGUUCAUUAAAUAAUGAAGAAAUUAUUGGAAAUUACUCUCAUUUUAUUUCUGACAAUAAUGCUUUACGGGAUGCUUUUCGAUAUGCAUAUAAUACAUAUUUUAUUCCAAAUAGAAAAAAGAAAAGUUCGAGAAGACAAAUUAAUUUGGGGACUUCAGUUUACAAUCCCCAGUUAUCACAUAGAGAAUUUAUACUUAGUUUAAUAGAAUUUGGAUCAAACUUAGAAUUGCCACAUGAUAUGUUCAAUUUAUUCAAUAUAAGACACAUAUACAUGAAUAUUGGUUAUAUGCUAAUUAGUAAAAAAUAUAGAAUUAAAAGGUCUCUUAGGAUUUUUUCACAUAAGUAUAGAUUUUCCUAUUUUCGAAAGACUCUUAGUAAAAAUAAUGUGUAUAUUCCUUGA